AUGGUGCGGAUGAGUGGAGGUGGCAGCUAUGAUGUCGAGCUUGCUUGGUUCUUAGCGUGUGCAUUUGAUGCAUACCUAAACCCUAAGCUAGCACUUGAUGUGGCGAACUUCCGUCUUGCACAUGGUGACAUGCUACACCAUCUGAAGGAGGCUACUGCCACAAUUGGCACCAAUGCCAACCAAUUGGCAUGUGCAAAGGCGAAACUGGAUGUUGAGAGGAAGGCGUUUGUGGAGGCUGCUAAGAACAAGGACACUAACAAGACUUGGGUUGAGACAUACCACAAACUACAACAACAAACUGGUUGGACAUUUGAGGACGAGAAUAGGUGGGCUCAGGUAUUACCCAUUGCCGAUGUCCACGUAGAUUGGUUCCCUGGGGAAAAGCUAAUCUACAUGCCUCAUGGCAGUAGCUAUGUCGAUGAGAUGAUCCUAGGAAACACCCCAAUCAAGAACACCAAACUAGAUGCAUGCAUGUCGGAUGAUUUUUUUGAUUUGAUACCAGCUCAAGUGUGGUCAACAAAUGCUGCUAUGUAUCACUUGGGUUAUAGCUGUUGUUUUGCACCGUUCUUUUAUCGCAAUGUGGAAUUCAAUCUUGUAUUUGUUUUGCUACCUAUUUUCUCUCCUUGCACUAUAUUUUAG